AUAGACAAAUUCGAGGAGAACCGGGACGUAAUCUUACUAGAGAAUAGACUAUUUAUUCUAAGAGCGGAAAUUAAGAACGGAGUAAAGAAGUCUAUAACGUCUAUAAUUAUCGAAUUUACGCGACCGGACGAUACUAACAAGAUUAUUAGCGAGGGUCUAGUAUAG